UAUACUUAUCGUGUGUCCUCUGCAUUGAGCUACACAAGUUGCCCACGAUCGCUGCCAGGACAGCUUUGCCUCUGCUUCGUCUUCCUCCCUCCUCUGAGUCUCUGACUCUGCUGCACUCUGCUCGACCUUCCAUUCCACCCAUGGUGCGGCUUCUGCUGGUGCUCGCGCUUCUCCUCGUCGGACCGGUGGCCGAUGCAGCAACGGCGAAAUACACCUUCACGGUGGGGAGCAUGCAAAUCAAUCAGCUCUGCAGCACAACCAGUAUUAUUGCAGUGAACGGUCAACUGCCAGGCCCGUCGAUAGAAGUGAACGAAGGUGACGCGGUUGAGGUCAAGGUCAUCAACAAUUCACCAUACAACGUAACCAUCCACUGGCAUGGUGUGCUCCAGCUCAUGACCCCGUGGGCCGACGGGCCGAGCAUGGUGUCGCAGUGCCCCAUCCAGCCCAGCGGCUCCUACACGUACCGGUUCAGCGUCCCCGGGCAGGAGGGCACGCUGUGGUGGCACGCGCACUCCUCCUUCCUCCGCGCCACCGUGUACGGCGCCUUCAUCGUCCGCCCGCGCGCCGGCAACGCCUACCCUUUCCCGGCGCCGGACAUGGAGGUCCCCAUCGUACUCGGCGAGUGGUGGAACCGGAAUGUGGUCGACGUCGAGAGCGACGCCCUCUUGGCCGGCCAGCUCCCUGCCCAGUCCGACGCUUUCACGGUUAACGGCAUGACCGGCCUGCUCUACCCGUGCGCGAAUGAUACGUUUACGGCGGUGGUGGAGCCCAACUCGCGGGUGCUGCUCCGGGUCAUCAACGCCGGCCUCAACUCGCACCUCUUCUUCAAGGUGGCCGGCCACAACUUCACCGUCGUCGCCGUGGACGCGGGCUACACCUCCAGCCUCAACACCGACACGCUGGUGCUCGCGCCGGGCCAGACCGUGGACGCGCUGGUCGACACCGCCGCGGCGCCGGGGAGCUACUACAUGGCGGUGCAGGCGCACGACACCAUGAGCCCGCUGACGUUCGCCGCGUCGGACACCACCACCGCCACCGCGAUCUUCCAAUACAACGGCACGUCGACCAACCCGCCCGCGAUGCCCGCCAUGCCGUCCAGCUCCGACGCCGCGACGGCCAACGCCUUCUACUUCGGGCUGAGGGGCCUGGGCACGCCCGCCGUGCCGGCGCCGGUGGACGUGAGCAUGACCAUCGAGCUGGGGCUCGGCCAGCUGCCGUGCGACCCGUCGCAGACGAGGUGCAACGGGACCGCCGCGGCCGCGGCCAUGAACGGCGUCUCGUUCCGGCUCCCAGGCCCGGAGACGUCCCUCCUGGGGGCACACGUCAACGGCCUCACGGGGGUCUUCACCGACGACUUCCCGGACGGCCCGCCGCCGAGCGGCACGGCGAUGGCUGUGGGGACCAAGGUGAAGAAGCUCAGCUUCAACUCGGUGGUGGAGAUCGUGCUGCAGAACCCCUCGGCUGUCCCGACGGAGAACCACCCGAUCCACCUCCACGGCUUCAACUUCUUCGUGCUGGCGCAGGGGGUGGGAGCCUUCACCCCGGGCAGCGUGGCAUACAACCUGGUCGACCCGGUGGCACGCAACACCAUCGCCGUGCCCGGCGGUGGCUGGGCCGUCAUCCGGUUCGUCGCCAACAACCCAGGCAUGUGGUUCUUUCACUGCCACCUGGACCCGCACGUGCCCAUGGGCCUGGGCAUGGUGUUUCAUGUGGACAGCGGGACGACGGCCGGCUCGACGCUGCCUCCGCCGCCGGCGGACUGGGUGGGAGUAUGCGACGCGCAGAGCUACGCCGCAGCGGCUGCGGCGGUAGCGCCAGCGCCGGUUGCAGCCCCAGCCCCAGCACCAACCCUGGCACCAGCAUCAGCCCCGGGGCCAGCAAAUUCGCCGCGGGAGGCCGGAUCGCCGGUGAUACCUCCGCGCGCGGUGGAUCACAAACCGUCGCCCAACCUUCCCCAGCACAGGGAGGACGGGCGCCCCUCUUCUAGAUCCGCUGCUGGGCCGAGAGCUACUGGGCAUCCCACCUGCCUCCUCUGUAUCAUUCUUCUUCUCUUCGUUCUUCACGAACACACAAGGCCUAACGCGUGAGAAGCUGCACCUAGACGUGAUACCCGCUCAAAAUCUACAGUUUUGUUCAUUCGUGUAAGUAAGGUGAUCAUUGUUUUUCGUUUUAAAGAUUUUUAUACAUGUGUAUACGGAUUUGAUUCGAUGUAAUUGCGACCUUCUCCUUCCCCCUCCACAGGGGGAAGAUGUGCAUAACAAAGUUCAGGCUUCAGAUUGUCUGA